CCUAGGUAUGGUUUCAUCUGUACUUGUCUUUUCUGACUAUCAUUCGUGACUAGUCUCACUGGGAAGUCUGAUACUUUCCCAUUAAGUACUGGCCUUUUAUCUCGAAAUGCCCUUUUACCCCCCAAGCCUCGAGGAACGCCAACUACAAGCACGAUGAAUAAAGGCCCUGGCCCUUCUAAUGUUUCUUCACAAUCCCGAUCGAAACUGAACGCUUUUCGGUACAACAAAGAGGCAUUAAGUCCGGACAAGUCCCCUCAGAAGACUGGGGUCAGCACUGGCCAUGCGGACAAGGAAAAUCAAUCGUCAUGGUUGAAUGGUGUGGUGGAAAAAGGAAAGUUGGAAUUACACAACCAGUGCAUUACAACUGAGACUACAGAACCUAAGCUAUGGAGAGAAUGCCCCCAUACCCCCGGAAACAGGAUUCCUCUGUCGGACCUUAUCGGUAAUGCAGAAGACAUCUUUAGUCGAGCUCCAACGCAAAACUAUACCCCAGAAGAUCAUGUUGUCUGGCAUCAUGUGCCUGCAAGCUCCAACGCUGAUGGAACGUCCCGGACUCCUGCAACGCAUAACAAAAAGCGUCGUCACAGCUCGUCUCCCACUAGCUCUCCCCUGGCCGGGCCAUCAAAAGUCAGGAGGAAAGGAUCUUUGGAUCAACAGAACUAUCAGACACUGAUGAAAACCCCACAAACCGAUCUUGCUAGCGAUCUAUGGAAUAACUACGCGGGUAAAACCCUGGCGAAUGGCAAAGGAGAACUAGCUCAACCACGCCUUGCGAAUCUGCUGUCAUCAUCACCACAGACUCCAGUUUCUGUGCGCACGGGACGGGACUCUUCUGGGCUAAGAAGGUCGAAUAGCUGCAUAGCUGAAUGGCCUAGCUCGAAGGCAAAGCGAAGGAGGAUUGAUAAGGAAGAUUCCAGCACGGGACGCAGCAUAUUCACCAGAACAAGGAGUAGCGUUGUCGACUCGGGGAGCUACAAAUCCCCAAACAUCAGCUCUCUCGUGAAACGGAUCGAGAAGACUUUACAACCGACGCCAGGACCAGACCCAGGGGUAUCUGACUCGUCACCUGUGCCUACGCGCCACCAUGUUCGCCAUGAUCGACCAGCGUCUCCGGUGAAUGAUGGAGUCCAAAGUCGGCCGUUGGAACAGUCUAGUCAGACCAAGGAACCCAGAGUUAUACAGGCUGUUUCUCAUGACGUAAAACAGCUGGAAGAAUCGUCGUCUGAUUACGGAGACGAUGAUUUUGACCAAGAUUUUAUCGAUCUUGCCGAGGCAUCUAUAGAUCCGUUCGUGGACGAUGGCUCCUCUAAUACUCAUAAGGCAGACCCGAGCGAAGAAUGCGUGGACAACGUGGCUUCGAAAGAAGUUUACCUUCCGAUAAGUCAGGUGAAAGAUUCUAAUCCUAGUUCGAUGAAAUCGAAACCGAAUGCGAACUUACCAAAUAGUAAUGAACAUGGCUUUGACGCUGACGAGUUCGACGCUGACGAGUUUGACGAUGAUUUUGAUGGAAUUUCGGAUAACAUCGAUGACCUUCUUGUUGAUUGCCAGGCCACUCCGACCAUGAAAACGGCAAGGACCAUUCCCAAGGAGCAGUCGACUGGCGAGCAACUUGUAUCCGGAAGUGGAUUUGGAAGCCUUUCCACGGCGAGACAUGGCGCAUACAAUGAGACGAGACGAAGUCCAGGACUAUCUGGUGACGAGUUUGACGAUGAUGGCCUGGACAUAGAGGCUAUCGAACAAUCCAUGGUGCACUCAGGAGUCGAUGGAUCAGAUGACGUUUGUCAUCCUUAGUGAGCACACUUGCCAAAUAUUUGCUAAGUCUCUAUAUAUAGAACCUACGAAAUCGACAAGCUAUCAAACGUUACUUGGUUCUUGAUAUUGCUGAGUACGCGUAUACAACCCCUAGAGGACGCGUCCAACCAGAACUGGUACUUUC